AUUAGCUAGCAGCAACAAUAACAACAACAACUGUCCAUUAGUUACCAAUAGUGUUUUCAUGGCAGUGUCACAAGGAUGUCUGUGAAUGCUGCCGUUUGCAGUUUUGGGAUUAGUCCUAUGGAUUUUGUUGCUACUGGGUUGGAUUAAUAUCAAGAGAGGAGCGAUGCCCGAGAAAGGAGAGGAAUCUUCAUCUGGCUGCGGUCCCUCUGCAUCCCAGGAGGACAUGCCUGCUGCACACUCCCCUUGUCCUGGCAAAUAUUCCCUGUCAACAACUCCUACUACCUCAGCACACAAUGAGAAUGACAGUCCUCAGGCCAACAGUGCCUCUGCAGGUCUGGAUGUAAAUACGGCGGACAUUGAGUUUCAGCAGGCCUCUUCUGAGGUAAAUUCAGAGGAGACGCCAUCACCACUGAUCACCCGAAGGCCUUCCAAAACCAAGGGGCCAAUGCUCAGCUCAGGGCCCGAGGCUAGGGCACGUCUCAAGUUCAUCCUUGGAGCAUCAGAGGAUAAUUCUUCUGAUGAUGAACCUCUGGUAACCAAACCUCCAAGCGGUGCAUCCCAACCGCCGAUCUCCACUCCAAAAUCUUCUCCUCUGCAGGUGUCCUCUGAAGUGCCACAGCCCAGCUCCUCAGGCAUUAGGCCUAGCAUGUCUGGUCUUCAUUUGGUGAAAAAAGGACGUGAACAUAGAAAAAUGGAUCUACACAGGGACUUCACAGUGGCCUCUCCCGCUGAGUUUGUCACCCGCUUUGGUGGCAACCGCGUCAUCGAAAAGGUGUUGAUAGCAAACAACGGUAUCGCUGCAGUCAAAUGUAUGCGCUCUAUCCGUCGCUGGUCCUAUGAAAUGUUUCGCAAUGAAAGGACCAUCCGCUUUGUGGUCAUGGUAACCCCUGAAGACUUGAAAGCUAAUGCAGAAUACAUCAAAAUGGCAGAUCAUUACGUGCCGGUUCCUGGUGGGCCCAAUAAUAACAACUAUGCCAAUGUAGACCUGAUAGUGGACAUUGCCAAAAGAAUCCCUGUGCAGGCUGUGUGGGCCGGUUGGGGCCAUGCUUCAGAAAACCCCAAACUGCCUGAACUCCUGAAUAAAGUAGACAUUUCAUUCUUAGGGCCGUCCAGUAAGGCUAUGUGGGCUCUAGGGGAUAAGGUGGCUUCAUCCAUUGUGGCUCAGACUGCUGAAAUUCCCACACUACCAUGGAGUGGAUCAGGUCUGAGAGUGUGCUGGGCAGAAGAGGACCAAAAACAGGGCAAAGUAAUAAGUGUUCCUCCAGAGGUCUACAAACAUGGCUGUGUUCAUGAUGUAGAUGAUGGGAUGGCGGGAGCUGAAAGAAUUGGUUAUCCAGUAGUUAUCAAGGCCUCUGAGGGUGGAGGUGGAAAAGGUAUCCGGAAAGUAGAAAGCGCUGAUGACUUUCCGAGCUCCUUUCGACAGGUUCAGACAGAGGUUCCCGGCUCGCCCAUCUUUAUCAUGCAGCUGGCACAACAUGCGAGGCAUCUUGAGGUUCAGAUACUGGCUGAUCAGUACGGAAACGCCAUCUCUCUGUUUGGGCGAGAUUGCUCCAUUCAGAGAAGGCACCAGAAGAUCAUAGAGGAGGCUCCAGCAACAAUCGCUGCUCCCUCAACAUUCGAGCAGAUGGAACAGUAUGCUGUACGACUGGCCAAGAUGGUGGGCUAUGUGAGUGCAGGAACUGUGGAAUACCUUUUCUCUGAAGAUGGAAGUUUCCAUUUCCUGGAGCUGAAUCCUCGCCUGCAGGUGGAACAUCCCUGUACAGAGAUGAUUGGAGAUGUAAACCUGCCAGCUGCCCAGCUUCAGAUUGGAAUGGGCAUCCCCCUUCACAGGAUCAAGGACAUCCGUUUGCUUUACGGAGAAACUCCAUGGGGUGACACCAUCAUUAACUUUGAGACUCCAGACUGCAUGCCAAGUCCAAGAGGGCAUGUCAUAGCUGCUCGAAUUACCAGUGAGAACCCUGACGAGGGGUUCAAACCCAGUUCUGGCACCGUGCAGGAGCUGAACUUCCGCAGCAGUAAAAAUGUCUGGGGUUACUUCAGUGUUGGAGCGACUGGUGGCCUGCAUGAAUUUGCAGACUCACAAUUCGGACACUGUUUCUCCUGGGGCGAGAACCGUGAAGAAGCCAUUUCGAACAUGGUGGUGGCUAUGAAGGAGCUGUCCAUCAGGGGUGACUUCAGGACUACGGUGGAAUACCUCAUUAAGUUACUAGAGACAGAAAGCUUUAGAAACAAUGACAUCGACACUGGCUGGCUGGAUCAUCUCAUUGCAGAGAAAGUGCAAGCAGAGAGACCAGAUACCAUGCUGGGUGUUGUUUGUGGGGCCUUGCAUGUUGCUGAUGCAAGCUUCAGAAAGAGCAUGUCUGACUUCCUACAUUCACUGGAAAGAGGCCAGGUACUGGCUGCAGCCAGUCUUCUCAACACUGUCAGUGUGGACCUUAUAUAUGAAGGAGUCAAAUUCUGCUUGAAGGUGGCUCGCCAGUCCCCAACAACUUAUGUCAUCAUGAUGAACGGCUCCCACAUUGAAAUAGAUGUCCACAGGCUGAGUGAUGGUGGCCUCUUGCUCUCCUACGAUGGCAACAGCCACAUCACCUACAUGAAGGAGGAAGUGGACAGCUACCGCAUCACUGUUGGCAACAAAACAUGUGUCUUUGAGAAGGAGAGGGAUCCUACAGUGCUGAGAUCGCCAUCUGCUGGUAAACUCCUGCAGUACAUUGCUGAGGAUGGUGGUCAUAUUUCUGCAGGAGAAACUUAUGCAGAGAUUGAGGUGAUGAAGAUGGUGAUGACUCUGACUGUGCAGCAGUCUGGUUGCAUCCACUUUGUCAAGAGACCCGGGGCGGUUCUGGAGCCUGGGUGUGUGGUGGCACAUAUUGACCUGGACGACCCUAGCUGUAUACACCCGGUGGAGCUCAACACGGCCAUAUUGCCACCCCAGCAGCCGCUGCCCAUCACUGGGGAAAAGCUCCACCAGGUGUUCCACCAGGUCCUGGAAAACUUGAUUAAAGUUAUGGAUGGUUAUUGUCUUGAAGAGCCCUUCUUCAGUAGCAAGCUAAAACAGUGGGUAGCAACCCUGAUGAAGACUUUGCGGGACCCCUCACUCCCCCUGCUGGAACUGCAGGAGAUUAUGACCAGUGUGGCGAGUCGUAUUCCGCCUGGUGUGGAGAAAGAUAUCCGUAAAGUCAUGGCCCAGUAUGCAAGCAACAUUACUUCUGUCCUUUGUCAGUUCCCAAGCCAAAGGAUUGCAAAUAUUCUAGACAGCCAUGCGGCAACUCUGCAGAGGAAGGCAGACAGAGAAGUGUUCUUUAUCAACACUCAGAGUAUUGUUCAGCUUGUACAGAGGUACCGGAGUGGAAUACGUGGUUACAUGAAGUCUGUGGUUCUGGAUUUGCUGAAGCGAUAUCUGCAAGUGGAGAUGCAGUUUCAGCACGCUCACUAUGACAAGUGUGUUAUCAACCUAAGAGAGCAGCACAAACCUGACAUGAGUCCUGUGCUGGAGUACAUCUUCUCUCAUGCCCAGGUCUCAAAGAAAAACAUCCUGGUCACAAUGCUCAUUGAUCAACUGUGUGGAAGGGAUCCCACCCUGGCAGAUGAGCUGAUGGCGAUUCUCAAUGAGCUGACUCAGCUUAGCAAGAUGGAGAACUCAAAGGUUGCAUUAAGAGCCAGACAGGUGUUGAUUGCGUCCCAUUUACCAUCAUAUGAACUGAGGCACAACCAGGUGGAGUCCAUCUUCCUGUCGGCCAUUGACAUGUAUGGACAUCAGUUUUGCCCAGAGAACUUGAAGAAACUCAUCCUCUCUGAAACCUCCAUUUUUGAUGUCUUGCCCAAUUUUUUCUAUCACUCUAACCAAGUUGUAUGCAUGGCUGCUCUGGAGGUGUACGUGCGCAGAGCUUACAUUGCCUAUGAACUUAAUAGUAUCCAGCAUCACCAGCUGCAGGGAGGAACAUGUGCUGUUGAUUUCCAGUUUAUGUUGCCCUCAUCACAUCCCAACAGAGGGAGCAGCCCUACUCUGAACAGGGUUCCUGUCCCAGUGGAUGGCCAGUUUAAAAUUAGGCGGCACAGUAGUGAACUCUUCCUCGAGGGAGCACUGUCUCCACCUUGUCAGCGCAUGGGUGCCAUGGUGGCUUUUCAGUGUUUUGAUGAGUUCAAAAGGAAAUUUGAUGAAGUUCUUUGCAGCUUUGCAGAACCACUGCUGGAGAGUUUGAACCUCUCACAGUCCUGCUCCAGUCUCUAUGACGAGGACAACUCAAAGAGUCAGAGAGAGAACCCAACCCACAUCAUUAAUGUGUCCAUAAAAACAGCAGACACAGAAGAUGAUGAUGCCUUAGUCACAGCCUUCACUGCCUUCGCCCAGUCCAAGAAAUCAGUCCUCUUUGAGUAUGGGAUCAGGAGAAUCACAUUUUUGCUUGCACAGAAGAGAGAAUUUCCCAAGUUCUUCACUUUCAGAGCUAGAGAUGGGUUCCAGGAAGAUCGUAUUUACCGCAAUCUGGAGCCAGCUUUAGCAUUUCAGCUGGAGCUCAACCGCAUGAAGAACUUUGACCUUACCGCUGUUCCCUGUGCCAACCACAAGAUGCACCUCUACCUGGGUGCUGCUCGUGUUCAGGAGGGGGCUGAAGUGACGGAUCACAGAUUCUUCAUCCGAGCUAUUAUCCGCCACUCAGAUCUGAUUACAAAGGCAACUUCCUUUGAAUACCUUCAAAAUGAGGGAGAACGUCUUCUGCUGGAGGCUAUGGAUGAGCUGGAAGUGGCCUUCAGUAACACUAUGGUCCGCACAGAUUGCAACCACAUCUUCCUCAACUUCGUCCCAACUGUAAUCAUGGACCCCUCUAAAAUAGAGGAGUCUGUCCGCUCCAUGGUGAUGCGCUACGGCAGCCGUCUUUGGAAGCUGCGGGUCCUACAGGCUGAGCUGAAGAUCAACAUCCGUUUGACUCCUACUGGGAACGCCGUCCCUAUCCGCCUUUUUCUCACUAAUGAAUCUGGCUAUUACUUGGACAUCAGCCUGUAUAAGGAAGUCACCGACCUAAGUUCUGGGCAGAUCAUGUUCCAAUCAUAUGGAGACAAACAGGGUCAUCUGCAUGGCAUGCUGAUCAACACUCCUUAUGUUACCAAAGACCUGCUGCAGGCCAAGCGCUUCCAAGCUCAGAGUCUGGGCACCACUUAUGUUUACGAUUUCCCUGAGAUGUUCAGACAGGCUCUGUUCAAGCUGUGGGGUUCAGGCGACAAAUGUCCUAAAGAUGUGCUGAUGUGCACAGAACUUGUUCUGGACCCAGAAGGUCGACUGGUGCAGAUUAACCGCCUGCCUGGAGACAAUGAUGUGGGAAUGGUUGCCUUCAGGAUGAAGAUGAAGACUCUGGAGUAUCCAGACGGUCGAGACAUCAUUGUCAUCUGUAAUGACAUCACCCACAUGAUAGGUUCGUUUGGGCCUCAGGAGGAUGAAUUGUUCCUCAGGGCAUCUGAGCUGGCCCGAGCUGAGGGCAUCCCUCGUAUUUACAUUUCUGCCAACAGCGGAGCACGCAUCGGCCUCGCUGAAGAGCUCAAACACAUGUUCCAGGUGGCCUGGAUUGACCCCUCUGACCCUUACAAGGGCUUCAAGUACCUUUACCUGACACCACAAGACUACACCCGCAUCAGCUCCACCAAUGCUGUGCACUGUCACCAUGUGGAAGAAGGUGGAGAGUCCAGAUACAUAAUCACUGACAUCAUUGGGAAUGAUGACGGUCUUGGGGUUGAGAACUUGCGAGGUUCUGGCACCAUUGCUGGAGAAUCUUCUCAGGCCUAUGAGGAGAUUAUAACAAUUAGUAUGGUGACAUGCCGCGCUAUUGGAAUAGGAGCCUAUCUGGUUCGUUUGGGUCAGAGAGUCAUCCAGGUGGAGAACUCUCACAUUAUCCUGACUGGAGCCAGUGCUCUUAACAAGGUUCUGGGCAGAGAGGUCUACACUUCCAACAACCAGCUGGGAGGAGUCCAGGUUAUGCACAAUAAUGGAGUCACACACACCACUGUGUCAGAUGAUUUUGAAGGCGUCUUCACUAUCCUGCAGUGGCUCUCUUACAUGCCAAAGAACAAACACUCCCCUGUGCCCAUUAUAGAAACUACAGAUCCAGUAGACAGAGAGAUAGAAUUCACUCCUACCAAAGCACCGUAUGAUCCUCGUUGGAUGCUGGCUGGCAGACCUCAUCCCACGGUGAAAGGCGCCUGGCAGAGUGGAUUCUUUGACCAUGGCUCUUUCAAGGAAAUCAUGGAGUCUUGGGCUCAGACAGUUGUAGUGGGCAGAGCACGAUUAGGAGGAAUCCCGCUUGGCGUCAUUGCCGUGGAAACACGCACAGUUGAGUUCACUGUCCCAGCAGAUCCAGCCAACUUGGAUUCAGAAGCUAAACUUAUGCAGCAGGCUGGCCAGGUGUGGUUUCCAGAUUCAGCCUUUAAAACAGCUCAGGCCAUUUGUGACUUCAACCGUGAACGUCUGCCUCUCAUGGUGUUUGCCAAUUGGAGGGGCUUCUCUGGGGGGAUGAAGGAUAUGUAUGACCAGGUAUUGAAGUUCGGGGCCUAUAUUGUGGAUGCUUUACAUGGUUUCCAUCAGCCAGUGCUGGUGUACAUCCCCCCACAUGCUGAGCUGAGAGGAGGGUCCUGGGUGGUGAUAGACCCGACUAUCAACCCUCUGUGUAUGGAGCUGUAUGCUGACAGGGAGAGCAGAGGUGGAGUGCUGGAGGCUGAGGGUACAGUGGAGAUCAAAUUCAGGAGGAAAGACCUACUGAAGACUAUGAGAAGACUAGAUUCAGUCUUUGCUGGUCUGGUUGAACAGCUUGCUUCCCCAGAGCUUUCUAAAGAGCAGUGCAAAGAGCUUGAGUCAAAGCUCAAAGCAAGGGAGGAUUUCCUGUUGCCCAUCUACCACCAGGUGGCAGUGCAGUUUGUAGAUCUCCAUGACACUCCAGGCAGGAUGCAAGAGAAGGGUGCCAUCACUGAUAUUUUAGAUUGGAAGAAUGUUCGGACCUUCUUCUAUUGGCGUCUGCGCCGGCUCCUGUUGGAGCUUGUGGUGAAGUGUGAGAUUCUCCAGGCCAACAAGGACCUCAGUGAUGGACACAUGAUGUCUAUGCUGCGACGCUGGUUUGUUGAAACAGAGGGAACUGUCCAGGCCUAUCUCUGGGAUAAUAACCAAGCAGUGGUCGAAUGGCUUGAAAAACAUUUGUUGAAGGAGGAUGGCAUUCGAUCGGCCAUCCGAGAGAACAUUAAGUACCUGAAAAGGGAAAACACUUUGAAACAUAUCCGCAGCCUGGUGCAGGCCAACCCUGACGUAGCCAUGGACUGCAUCAUCUACAUGAGCCAGAACAUCACUCCGUCCCAGAGGGCCAAGCUCUCUCACCUGCUUGCAACUAUGGACAGCACCAGCACCAGUUAAGCUAAAGGCCUUUAUCAGGUUAUAUUACUAAAGACAACAAAAGGCUCUAUUAUACUUGAUUUUCCCAGUAAAGUGUUCAGAUGAAGAACCAUAUCAGUGUCAACAGGUGGGAAAAUGUAAAGCUUGUCCUAUUUUAAGGAUUAUAUUCAGGGCAAUUCUUUGCAAUAACGCAUACAUGCACGUGCAAGUGGCGUAUUCCUCAGUGAUCACAAAACCACUUCUACUGUCUAUCCUAAACAAUGCUGUUGAAUGGCAUCUAUGGAUGGACAAUAUAAUACUCUUGACUGAAGGGCAGGGAGUUUGUCUUUUUGGUUGACACACUGUCAUUGUAAAGCACAUUUGAUAAACAUGAGUGUGGACAACUGAUCAAUUCUAUGAUCAUUCUUCAAAUUCUACAAAAUAAAAGCAUUUCAAAUUUCUGAGCCAGCAAAUUAAAUCCUAAUACCAGUUUUUCGUAUUUCAUUACUGCAUUGAUUAAACUAUUGAAUUUUUAUCAGUACUGUAAAUGCAGAAUGCAAAUGAAGAAGCAGAUUUUUUUCUAAUAAGCAGUAUAUUGAGUGAAGUUGUUUGUCAUUACACUGUUGACAUGGACUCCUGUCGUCCAUCUUAUCAUUAUCACUGUCAAUUUGUAUAUGUUUGUAACAAUGCUGUAGUUUUUUGUGUGCUAAGCCAAUGGCAUGAAAGGUAGGAGAUACUGUGACACAGUGUGUGAUGAACUGAAUAUCUCUGAAGUAUAGAAGUAAUUCUUAAAGCUCAGGUUUUGCUCUGAUCAAAAUACCAGAAUUGUAAGCCAUGACAUUUCAUUUGAAUGUGUAUAAACUCUUUCCUGUGUCUAUCAAGGGCUGAUUGUUAAUAAAUGUCAUG